UUUCAAACAUCCACUCUCAACAAACAGUAGAUAAACCAACUCUGACUGUGCAGCCACAGACAUCUGUGUUCAUUGGAGACACAGUUACUCUGAUCUGUGAGGUUUAUCCGUCCACUGGAUGGGAUUUUUUCUUUACAACACCAUCAAACAUUGAAUACCUCGAAACUACAGGAACGGGAGUUACAUCUGUGCAAGUCGCUGCUGGAGGAGAGUACAAGUGCAGAGCCAGAAGAACAGAAUAUCACUAUAUUAUAACACAUUUUAGUAAACCAGUAACAGUGACCGUACAGAAUAAACCAAUUCUGACUGUGCAGCCACAGACGUCUGUGUUCAUUGGAGACUCAGUUACUCUGACCUGUGAGAUUCAUCAGUCCAUUGGAUGGAAGUUUCUUUUCAGAAGAUCUCCACACCAUGAUUCCAUUGAAACUACAGAAACUAAAACAAUCAUUUUUAGUGUCUCUGAUGGAGGACAAUACAUGUGUGCAGCAAGAAGAAGAGAAAUCCCUCAGGAUUACACACAAUUCAGUAAUCCAAUAACAGUGACAGUACAGAAAAGUCCAACACCUCAAAUGUCUGUUGACCCUGAUAAUCAUUUAUUCAGAGGAGAAACUGUCACUCUCAGAUGUGUCAUCAAUGGAGGAGGAGUCAGCAGCUGGCAGUACAGCUGGUAUAAAGAUUCAAUCAUCCAGCAGAAUAAACUCCAGUAUUACACAAUCAUAUCUGUUAUUGAGUCUGACGCAGGUAAAUACACCUGUAGAGGAACAGAGAUCAGAGGAUCACGAUACUCAGACAUCAGUAAAACAGUUACACUGACAGUAUCAGGAUCAAAACCAAAACCUAAACUCACAUCAGAUACUGAAGGAUCUGUACUGACAGGUAACACAGUGACUCUGAAGUGUCACAUUGAUCAUUGGUCUACUGGAUGGAAGUUUUACUGGUACAACAACACACAAAUCACUGAGAAGACAACAACAGAAACAAACUCUUACACAAUCAACAGUGUUAAAGUUUCAGAUGGAGGUCAGUACUGGUGUAGAGCUGGAAGAGGAAAACCAGACUAUUACACAGACUACAGUGAUGAACUGUGGAUAAAUGUUACAGCCACAGGAUCUUCAUAUCAUGGUCCUAUUGUUGGUCUGGGUCUUGGACUGAGCGUCAUGUUUGUGAUCUUUUUCUUGGCCUUGCUGUGGUGCUACAAAAACAAAAAACUCUCUCAGUCUCCCUCGGCUGUCAGUCAACAUCAGACAUCAGAUCAGAAACAGACUGAAGUUGGCUACAGUCACCUGGAUACUGGAGAGGCUCAUCUUUAUGACUCUAUUAAUACAACAGACAAUAAAGACACAAGCACAGACAAUGUAAGUGAAUCAGCUGAGCUCACCUAUGCUGAUAUUGAACUGAAACCUAAGAAAGAAAUGAAAAAGAAAGAGAAGAAAGGGAAUACCAGUGAAGGUGGUGACAUUGUGUACUCUAAACUGAAGAAAGCAGGAGGUGAAGAUGUUGCUUCUGGAUCUAUUGAUGUGACUUAUGCUCAGAUUAAAUAAAAGACCAGAGGAGAAAAAGAGGGCAAUACAUUAACUAAUGCUUAGUAUUAUCAAUCCAAACCUUCAUGUUUCCUAAUCUCUGAUUGUUCUAAUAGCUUAAAGGAGCAUAGGUGCAGUUUAUAGCACUUAAAAUGGUUUCCCUAUUAUUAAAAGCCAGUGAACCACUUUGAGUGCUAUUUAGCAUCAUUUUUUUUUAAGAGUGUACAUGAAUAAACUUUUCAGUACAUACUCUAACUAGGCAAUAAAGCCACAGCAAGACUGUUGAUUUCUAAACACUUUGGGCCCUAUUUUAACGAUCUAAGCGCAUUGUCUAAAGCGCACAGCGCAACGUGUAAAUGGGCGUGUCCGAAUCCACUUUUGCUAAUUUAACGACGGGAAAAAUGUUUUUUGCGCCGAGCGCAUGGUCGAAAAGGGUAGGUCCUAUUGUAAUGGGAGUAUUUUGGGCGUAACGUGCAGUAAACCAAUUAGAGACUCAGCUCUCAUCCCCUUUAAAAGCCUGUUGCUCUGGCGCUAUGUCUAAUCCCUAUUUUGAUGACGAACUUUGUAAACUGAAAAACUAAGCGGAGGAAGAAGAUCCCCAGUUUAAGAUUAAUGUUAAAUAAUUGUGUUGUUUUUCACUUGUAUUGAAAUUGUUAUUUUUUUAUUAAAACCUUUAAAACCCGUUUUCUUUUAGUCAUGGAAGUAAAAAGCAGGCUUUUAAUUGCUUUAAAUGUAUGGUUAUCCAAUAUCAUCAAAACAUAAUUUACAAGUAUAUAAGAAAAGGUUUGUACUCUAAAAAUACUUUAUUUGUAAUAAACAGGAGAUAAAGAAUUUACAAAAGGCUCUCCUCACGUUUCAGCACUUUGGACAGCGGUUUUUUUAGCAAAGAGUUUUUUUAAGCAUUACUUAAAAAUGUUUCUCAUCUCACCAUAUCCACAGGUACAGAGUAAUCAUAUACAAUAAAUCCGUGAGGUAGCAUUAAAAAAACAGACGCAUUUGUUCAAAGCAAAGCAUUUAUUUACUUACCAGGCUGCGGGUGAAGCAGCUCUUUGCGCCUUCUAACGUCUCAUAAUUAGUCCUCAUUUAUGUCCAAGAGACUCAAUAAUAAUCUUUUACAUUCAAUCCUUUAAUCUUUCAUAUUUAAAAGCAUUUUUGUGCUGCUGCGCAUUCAUGUACUUUGUGAUAAGCAAACCCGCGUUGUCCUCCCGUGUAUAGGCGCAUUUUACUAAUGCGCUCUUUAAAUAACAUAAAACACAUUGCUUAGUUGCCUCAAAAUAGCAACGCGCCAACAAUGCGCCUGAACACACCUCGUUUUCAGACCAGAACGCCCAUGGGCGCAAAAGGGGGCGCAAAUGCAUUUGCUAUUUAAACAACGCGGCGCUAAAUGUGAAAAUUAGGGUGGAAACUAGCGAAAGACAAUUGCGUCGCGCAUUGCGCUGCAUUGCGCCGGGUGUAAGAUAGAGCCCUUAGUUUGUCUCCUGAUACUUUUUUUGAACCUAAUGGCCUAAUACAUAGUAAUAUACAAAAGUAAUUUUUUUUGUACACUGUAACAAAUUUCUGUAAAAUAAACAAAUCCUUAUUGUAGACAUUUGUGCAGAAUUCCGAAUUAUGUAAAUUAAAUCCUGUGUAAACUCCUGUGUUUUCUUACAACUGUGUACAUGAACAAAAAAAAAUAGCAUUUUUUAUCAUUAUUCAAUAAUCAAAAUCCUGUUUAUUAUCAUUUAUUUAUACUUAGUUACUGUUUUUCAUAAGAGAUGUCAUAAAAAUG